AUGUUGAUUGGAGUUUCCCAUUUCUUGCGGUUGCUGAAAUCUGGACGUCUUCAAUUGAAUGAUACGUUACCCGAACUUCAAGAAACCCAUUUUGGAUGGGUGAUUGCCGGAGACAUCGACGAAGUUUCGGUUUCUCAGCAAUGCCUAGCUGCAACAGUGGAUCCUGUUUCCGACAUUCUUCGUCAAUUCUGGGAAAUAGAGGAAAUAUCAGAGUCAGCAAAACCAGUGUCCGAUCAAGAUGAAUGUGAGAAAAUGUUCCAGUUGACUCAUCGUCGAGAUGAAUCAGGCAGAUAUAUAGUAAGUCUUCCAUUUAAUGAGUCGGUGAAUCAACUUGGGAACAACCGAAAUUUGGCGAUGCGUAGAUUUCUUUCGUUGGAGAGAAGAUUCAAGAAAAAUCCGGAACUAAAGAAGCAAUAUUGUCAAUUCAUCGAUGAGUAUAAAGAAAUGGGGCACUGCCACGAAGUAAACGUAUCCGAUGCUACCAACCAAGGCGUUUACUACUUGCCCCAUCAAGCCGUUCUCCGUCCAUCAAGUUCUACAACCAAAAUCCGAGUAGUUUUUGAUGCGUCAGCAAAGGCAGCUCCCGCUGAAAAAUCGUUGAAUGACGUUCUACGAGUCGGAGCAACACUACAAAGUGAUAUAUUCAGCAUCUUGCUACGGUUCCGCAAACAUCAGGUCGUAUUCACUGCUGACAUCUCGAAAAUGUAUCGGCAGAUACGGAUUGAACCGGAGCACGCACGCUUCCAACGAAUUUUCUGGAGAACAAAUCCGGAAGAGUCUCUUCGUGUCCUGGAACUCACAACAGUAACCUAUGGGACAGCUGCCGCCCCAUAUUUGGCAACUAGAUGUCUAUUCCAGCUCUAUGAUGAUGAAGGCAGUUCUUUCCCGCUUGCAGCUCGUAUAAUUCGAGUGGACUGUUACAUCGACGACGUAAUUUCCGGUGCAGAUACCGUGGAAGAAGCCGUAGAAAGUCAGAGACAAAUACAACAGUUGCUUGCAAGAGGUGGAUUCCUCGUCCACAAAUGGAGCUCCAACACCUCGGAAGUUUUGAAUUCGAUUCCGGAAGCCGAACGUGAAAGGUUAGUGCAUCUAGACAACACCACCACGAAUGUAAUGAAGACACUCGGUCUGAUCUGGAGCCCGCAACAAGACCAAUUCCUAUUUAAAGUCAACCAUCCCAAUCAAGAAGCAAACCAACUCACAAAACGAUCAGUACUCUCUGAAAUCGGUAAGCUAUUCGAUCCAUUAGGUCUCGUAACUCCGGUUACUGUCAUAGCCAAGUUGAUAAUGCAGAGGAUUUGGAAGGCCGGAUUAACGUGGGAUGAUCCGCUGGAAGGAGAACUGUACCAAUCCUGGCAACAGUUUCGCGAAGCUUUGAUCCAGAUAAACAAAGUCAAGAUUCCUCGAUGCACAAUACCAUAUGGUGUCACCGCCAUAGAAAUCCAUGGUUUCUCCGAUGCAUCCCUAGUUGCAUAUGGAGCAGUCAUCUAUGUUCGCUGUAUUUUGCCAAAUGAUACGAUCACAGUCAACAUGCUCUGCAGCAAAUCCAAAGUAUUCCCGAUUGCAGAAAUGAGUAUUCCACGUAAAGAGUUGCUUGGUCCCGGUUAUUAUCUCGUCUGCUGGUUAAUGUACUGA